ACAUUCUCCCAAUUUCCCUGAGACUUGCCCCCGUGACUUUUUUCAUUUCCUUUCUCGAUUUUCAGAUUGAAAUUGUUUAGGGUUUCACAAACCUCUUUCUUCAUCGCUCUGCCUGCUCGUACCUAUCGUUCCCCUGAGCGAAAGCUUGGGGGUUCCCAAUUUCAUCUUCUUCUAUUUAUUUUUAUUUUGGUUUUGUUUCUCUCCGAAACAACGGUUUCUUCAUCGCCAUGGCCAAACGGGUUCUCUGCAAGUUCUUUGCCCAUGGCGCUUGUUUAAAAGGGGAGCACUGCGAGUUUUCACAUGAUUGGAAGGAUCCAUCAAAUAAUAUAUGUACCUUUUAUCAGAAAGGGGUUUGUGCCUUUGGUAGUCGAUGCAGAUAUGAGCAUGUUAAAGCUUCUCGGGCUCAGGCUUCUGGUUCGUCUUCAUUGGCAAAUUCUCAUCAAUCUCUGGCUUUUGAUUCUAGUCUUGCGCAUCCCUUAAGAACUGCAUCAAAUGGAGUUGCUUUAGUCCCCGGCACUCUUUCUGAACUCUCUGCAUUUAGUAGUCCAUUCUUACCUCCCCCUAAACCUGCAUGGACUGAUUCUCUGGAUAAUGGUGAUUUUGACCACAAUGUGGAUGAUCAUGUGGGGGAGACUAGAAGUGCUAGACCAGCGGAUCGUGCUAUCUGUUCAUUUGCUGCAGCUGGUAAUUGUCCUCGUGGAGAAAAAUGUCCUCAUAUUCAUGGAGAUAUUUGCCCCAGUUGUGGAAAACACUGUUUGCAUCCUUACAGACCGGUGGAAAGAGAUGAGCAUAUGAGGACGUGUGAGGAAAAGCACAAGCAACUUGAGGCAUUAAAGCGCAGUCAAGAAAUAGAAUGCAGUGUUUGCCUAGAACGAGUUCUCUCAAAGCCCACAGUUGCUGAACGGAAGUUUGGGAUACUCUCAGAAUGUGAUCACCCCUUUUGCAUAUCCUGUAUCCGAAACUGGCGCAGUAGCUCCCCUACUUCGGGUAUGGAUGUCAAUAGUGCAUUGCGAGCUUGCCCAAUAUGUCGGAAGCUGUCAUACUUCGUGAUUCCAAGUGUCAUAUGGUACAAUACAAAAGAAGAGAAAGAGGAAAUUGUGGACAGCUACAAGGCUCGCCUUAGGUCAAUUGAUUGUAAGCACUUUGAUUUUGGAAAUGGGAACUGCCCGUUUGGGACUAGCUGUUUUUAUAAGCAUGCAUACCGGGAUGGCUGUCUAGAGGAAGUUGUGCUGCGUCACCUUGGAAAUGAAGAUGGUCAGACGGUGAUAGCCGCUGAUAUAAGGCUGUCGGACUUCCUUGGUGAUUUGAGCAUACAGUGAAUAAUAAUGUUGUCUGGUAUUCCAAUCAAACCGAUGAAUGCAGGAGUGUUGUGUGUGGCAAGAAUGUGCAGCUUUGAUGCUGGUUUUUAAUUGCUAGUGGAGUUCUCCAGAUAUCUAUAAGAAUAUGUUGCUGGAGAAUGAGACCUGGGUUUUCGAAGACAUGAUGUGCUUGGUUGCUGUUUGACAACAUACAUAAUUCGAAGAAUAAAAGUAAUUAUGGAAAGAAUGAGUUAUGUUGAGGAUUUUGACAAUUAUAUGCAUGCAUGUGUGUCUUCAAUAUUCUACAGGUUGGGAAUAGACAAUGAUUUUGAAUAAAGGAUGAGAUAUACGGAUAGCAUGAGAAUAUCAUACUUGCUGAAAAACUGUAUACAAAGGCAUACCAGCUUUGAUGAUUUUUGAUCAGUGUUGAUGGAUGUUAUUGAAAAUUGAAACUAUGCUCAUAUAUUGAGAAAGCUUUGUUGACUUGUU